AUGAUUGAUGUCGUCGCACAUUCUGUGAGUUUGGACCAACACCUGGAUUGUCCUGUUCACUUUCAACAACAACAACAAUAUUUUACUCCUUCACCUAGUUCUUUCGCUACCACCACGCCAAGUCUAACAACCUCAGCAAACAAUCUAGACUUUAAUUCGGCGUCAUUUGGCGGUUUCGAUUUAACAGGUGAACAAUUUAUUGCUCGACCUUUAUCAGCUUGCGUCAAUUUUUUGGACAUACAAAAUUGGCCUACCAACAUUUUCGAAAUGACUUUUCCACUUCAACCUUAUCAACAAUCAGCUCAGGGUCUUCCAAACUCAAGUACUUCCUCGUCACGACAUUUUAACGACAUGACUUCCACCACAACAUUUCAUCAUCAGUUCGUUGAUGAAGCCUCGGCUCAACAAGCGGCCAUGUUACAACAACCUGAUGUUACAACUCCUUCGUUUGUUGAACCCUCAACAAAUUAUUUUGCUCUACCGGCCGCUACGUCGUCGUCUUUACAAUCCGCGUCUUAUUACUCUCCUCCUUCCUCAUUGCCUCCUCAGGCGAAUCCUAUCAUUUCUAAUUUGGCGACCGAAACUAAUAAUCUUAACGGCUCUCGAAAUACCGGCGGUUACAUUGGAAAUUUUCAAACUCAAUCACAUCCUCGUAUGAGGAUGACCUCCAAUACUACUACCGCUCAAUUGAUAGCCGCUGGUACCGAUUUCACUCCCAGUCAUCAUUACUUGCCACAAAGGGAGAUCUAUCAUGAUACCGUUCCCACUUCGAUUGGAAGAGUAAAUGCCCAAGCCCACCAUCAAAAAUCAAUUUCGGUGAUCGGAGCUACAAACAAUUAUUCAAGACAACAAAAUGUUACUGCGGCACCUUUGCCCCUCACUGUCACAACUUCUAUCGCUCCUCAAAUAAAUUCCCCAUCAUCAUCGGGGGUUUGGUCAACGAAAACUUCUUCCACGCACUCAUCUCCAUCACUCGAGACUGCCGCGUCACCAACAACACCAACAUAUUACAGUGGUCCGCCAAGAAGUUAUUACUCUCGCCUACCUUUAUAUGAUAGACCAUUCAAAUGUGAUCAAUGCCCACAAAAUGAUAAAAAAAUUGAUGAAUCUUCGACAAAACAAAAAAAUACUUCAUCACCGAUAAAAAGUUACGUUGAUGGUGAAAUUUCUGUGAAGAGUGAAUCGACAAAAGAAGGCGCUUAUAAUACUUAUGAAACAUCGUCGAUAUAA